CCCAUCUCGCGAUACCUAGGAGCCUAAACCUCUUUCGACCUACGGUUAGGGCUUGCGAGGAAGAUGGAGUAUCCCGCACCGGGCACGGUGGAGGCCGCAGGCAGCGGAGAGGCCGGGCCUUACAACAGCUCCGAGGAGCUAGAGCGCCCGGAGCCGGAUUGGGUGCAUUUCGACAGCGAGAGGGCGCGCCGCCUGUGGGAAGCAGCGUCCGUUGUCCAGCCAGUGGGGAGGGAGGAAGUGGAGCACAUGAUCCAGAAGAACGAGUGUCUCUUCACCAACACCCAAUGUAAGGUUUGCUGCGCCUUGCUUAUUUCUGAGUCCCAGAAGCUGGCACAUUACCAGAGCAAAAAACAUGCCAACAAAGUGAAGAGAUACCUAGCAAUCCAUGGAAUGGAGACAUUAAAGGGGGAAACGAAGAAGCUAGACUCAGAUCAGAAGAGCAGCAGAAGCAAAGACAAGAACCAGUGCUGCCCCAUCUGUAACAUGACCUUUUUCUCCCCUGUCGUGGCCCAGUCGCACUACCUGGGGAAGACCCAUGCAAAGAACUUAAAGCUGAAGCAGCAAUACACUAAGAUGGAAGCUCUGUCAAAACGCCUUACAAAUCCUUUCCUUAUGGCCUCCACCUUAGCCUUGCACCAGAAUAGAGAGAUGAUAGACCCAGACAAGUUCUGCAGCCUCUGCCAUGCGACUUUCAACGACCCUGUCAUGGCUCAACAACAUUACGUGGGCAAGAAACACAGAAAACAGGAGACCAAGCUCAAACUAAUGGCGCGCUAUGGGUGGAUGGCGGACCCUGCUGUCACUGACUUUCCAGCUGGAAAGGGCUACCCCUGCAAAACGUGUAAGAUAGUGCUGAACUCCAUAAAACAGUACCAAGCUCACAUCAGUGGCUUCAAACACCAGAACCAGUCACCAAAAACAGUGGCAUCAUCCCUGGGCCAGAUUCCAAUGCAAAGGCAACCCAUUCAGAAAGACUCAACCACCUUGGAAGACUAGAGGUGUUUCUGCCCAGCGUCCCGUGUUGGGUCAGCAAUGAGCCAGCUUCCUAUGACUGCUCAGCCCUUGGCUCCCUCUUACUCCUUGUUCUCACCAGGAAAGCACACAGGCCUGAGGCAGGAUCGGGCCACAAACAACCUCUGAUUGGUCCAGGCUAAUUCACUCCUGCUGCUCCCCUUUGGCCGGGGUCCUGUAGGUCAUGAUAGGGGAGGCAGGGGUAUUGAGAAACUUGUGGUCUCACAGGGUGGUAGUUUGGAGGAUGGCUUUCCCCCUUCCCCAGCCCCUCUCAGCCAUAGGUGCUGAGGCCCUAGCCACCUGUCUUUCUUCUGAAGGUCAGUUUUGGGCCAGUUCUGGCAACUGAAGAACAGAGAUCUCCCUGGGCCCUAGACAUUUCCAGUGAAACCUGGAACUUUUAUACCAAACCUGGGCCAGGGCAGGAAACAGAGGAAAUCGCUGCUACAUGGGAGCUUGGAGCAAAUACAACACUCCGCCUUCCCCCACAAAGUGCAGGCUUUCCUGAGCCUUAGACAAGAUGCGGCCAGUUGUGCAGGUUUCUGCCAACUGUGAAGUCUCCUCCUGGAGCAAUGACACAGUCUUGGUGGAGCAUUGCUAUCCCUCCUGCCCUGCUCCACAGUUCCUGAAUGGUGCUGCGGAUCUACAGCACCUGGCAACAAGCUGGGGCUGGGGGAGGCCUCUAUGUCCACUGGGAUCAUGGGACACUCCAAUGGGGAUGGGACCUUUCCCCUCCUCCAUCAGAGGUUCUCUGACCCAACAUCACAUGGGAAAGUGACCCACGUGCAAGUCUCCCUGAGGGUUCUGCCUCUAAAGGCAAACUGCCUCAUGCCAGCCAACUAUGAGGUUCAUUGCUACCCUUGGCCCUAUUAACCCUCUCUUUCCCCUUGUGCAGCAGACCACCUUGCCCAGGUUGCUGUGGUGCUAGCCUUCCCCAUCAUCCACCAGGCGAUUUCUGGGUCCCAGAGAAAGAAAGGGAGAGCUGAUGCAGGUUUCUACAGUGAGGAACAGAUGUUCUCCAGGCCCCACACCCAGAUUUAUCUAUCUUUGCUGUGUUUUAUGGCCUUGGACUGACUCCACAGCGAUAGAUUUUUCCUUGUAGCUUUGAAGGAAGAAUUCCAAGUGUCACCAUCAGAGGCUUCUCUUCAUUGUGUCAAAGAAGCCCCUAGCUGCUCUCGUGGCCUCCUUCCCCCACUCCCUAUCCCUUCACCUGUGAAAUGCCUUUGCUUUGCAUGUUGUGUGUGUGGAUGUGUGUGCUUAAUGCUCUGUCUCUUGGUCACUGAAGUGUCCAAAUAAAGAAUUACUCCCAUGAGCCAGACUGCAACUUAA